AUGCCCCGACCCGCUGUCGCCGACUUUGUCGACUCCUUCUUUACUCGUGCUCUUUUUCAGCCAGACGACGCCCAAGCAGCGUCUGCGCUGGACACUGACCUCGCCCCGGAUGCGACUAUUGUCAUCAAUGGCAACUCUCUGGCAGCCUCCGAAUUUGUCGGUCUCAUAACGACACAGUUUCGUGGCAGCUCUGUCGCCUCGGUUGGCGAGAUCAAGGACCUCAACAUCAUCACUACCAACCAAGAAGGAUCUACUGGGGUCGUCGGUCAGUGGACUCCUUACGUGACCAGGGGCAAGGAGGAUGGUAAGGAAACCAGGCAGAGUGCAACUACGAUCGUCCGGGUCGAAGAGAGGGGAGGGAAGCAAGUUGUCACGGCACUCUGGGAAGCUCAAAGUGCAGAUGAGGCCUGA